UAGUAUAACUAUAACACGAUGAGUACCGUGGAUUCGCGUUCGUAUGGCCUCUAUGUAUUUUCAGUACUAGGAUUCAAAAACACAAAUUUCAAAAAAAAAAAAUUAUAAUAGACCAGAAGUAUAGUCUGACGAUGCCCGGGCUUGAAUAUUCCUGCAAUUUUAGAAUCCUCUAAUGUCAAAUCCCGUCAUUAAAGUAAUAUUCCUAGAAACCACUCCAAUCCCACAGUUUGAAUAGUUAAUUAGAACUCCUUUUAACUCUCUUUUCAAGCCUAUCGAAAAAGCCAUUUUGCGUCUUUUAAAUUAAAUUAAAAUUUACCCACUGCAAACUCAAAUUUUACUUCUUUGAUGCGAUUCUUUCUUCCCUUACCUCCAUUCAUUUCCUGUUCUUUCAUUUAAGAAUGAAGUUCCAUUUUCUGGUCAUCUACCGGCAUUAUAAGUAUCGUGGACAUGCACCCGAACAGCCCCCAUACAUUUGUGGUGCGGUCUUCAAACACGUAUACAAACCCACCCACAAAGUUCGACAUGAAUAUGCGAUUACAGAUAAUUAUAUUUAUCAUGCUAACCUAUUGACGAUUCUCCACUGCAGUUCAUGAAAGUCUUUAAGGGAACGUUCCGACAAACUGUUCUUAAACAUGAAACAUACAACUGAAAACCUGGCAGCUCUAGGCUUCCUGCUCAUGUUCACGUCAGGAGCAUUGGGCGUGCGGACAUUGGCAGUUUGUUCCGUCGAGUCAUGCGUGCCGCUGACCGAGUGUCUGCCGCUGUGGUGCUUGCUGCGCUCCAACGCCCCCCACAGGCGAGCCAACGUCACACGCGCGAUCUGCGGUUUCUCCGGCCCCCGAGCUAAGGUUUGCUGCCCGGCAAACCCAGACGCAGAAGUGUCAUCUCGUCUGAACACGACGAAGGAAAGGACGAGACUCCGGCGUGAGAUGUGCGAGCAACGUAGUAGUUCUCAGUCAUCCCUUCUACCUGAUUCGUGUGGACAACCUUCGUCAAACGAACGUAUUGUGCGCGGCACGAGCGCGGGGUUGGGGCAAUACCCCUGGAUGGUGGCUAUACAUUAUAAGCAUCAAAUCAAGGGAGUCAGGAAGUUUCUAUGCGGUGGGUCCCUCAUCAGCCGGCGCUACAUUUUGACUGCUGCACACUGCGUCGUGCAAAGUCAUCUACGCGACUGGGAAAUGACGCACGUAGUUUUGGGGGACUGGAGGCUGAGUACAGACCCUGACUGCAUCGAUAACAUAUGCGUUGAUGAACGCCUUACUCUUUUGGCUGAAGAAAUCGUCGUGCAUCCGAGGUUUGGGAAUAACUCUGUCCUAGAUCACGACAUCGCGCUCAUCAGACUGCAGCGAGACGUAAAUUUUACAAUUAUCGGAGACCUGGCGCCGUGUAUGUUAAGGAGAUAUUCGGAUGCUUAA